GCGCUUACCGCACAUCAGUUCGCUGUGUUCAGCGCUGAGAGCGCGCGGCACCUCUUUUCUGACAGAACACGCACAGAUCUCACAAGGAUUCGGAUUAGUACUGAACGAAGGCGUUUGACUUUUGGUCUUUUGGGAGUGAAUGCUUUCACAUCUUUCAGGCAGCUUUGGUAAAUUGUGACGAGAACAAUGAAUGACAUUUCGCUUGGAGACAGAGAUCCCUGAGGAAAUUAACUGUCCUGUACUCUGUUAUAUGUGAUAUGUGUUUCACGUGUUUACGCACCACAGUGAGGUAGUUUGACUGACACGCGUUCCCACGGACCGUUAAAUGCCCGGGAUCCGGUUUUGGGUGUUCUAUACGGUGGAUGCGGCGGAAAGAAAGACCGUUCUGUGAUCACCGGGAGCGGGGACAAUAUGAAGUCUCUCAGAAAGUGGAAUUCCGUCCGGACCAUUUGGAUUAUUUACCCAGAGAUGAUUCUUUUUUCCAGUUCUUUGGUUUUUAUCUCAAACUCGGGCGGCCCCGUCUAUAACAGCCGAGCAGAUGGAUAUGGGGGUGGAUUGGCUGAGCAAGUUUGGGUAUCUCCCACCUCCUGAUCCUGUGAAUGGACAGCUACAGACCAAGGAAGCUCUGACAAGAGCCAUCAAAGCCAUGCAAAGAUUUGGAGGGCUGGAGGAAACUGGAGUGCUAGACCAAGCAACCUUGGGCUUAAUGAAGACCCCUCGCUGCUCGCUGCCAGAUAUGUCAGAGCCGGAGAUGUCAGCAGGCAGACGAAAACGAGCAUUAGCUCCUCAGAAUAAAUGGAACAAGAGGCAUCUUUCCUGGAGGGUGAGGACGUUUCCAAAGGAGUCAGUUUUGCUGGGUCGGGACACAGUGCGGGCACUUAUGUACUACGCUCUGAAAGUGUGGAGUGACAUCGCGCCUCUUAACUUCCAUGAGGUGGCGGGGAAUGAGGCGGAUAUUCAGAUUGACUUCACCAAAGCGGACCAUAAUGAUGGAUACCCUUUCGAUGGACCCGGCGGCACAGUAGCCCACGCCUUCUUUCCCGGAGAACGAUUUACAGCUGGCGACACGCACUUUGAUGAUGAUGAAGCCUGGACCUUCAGGUCGCCAGAUUCCCACGGCAUGGACCUUUUCGCAGUGGCGGUGCAUGAGUUUGGCCAUGCCAUAGGGCUCGCACACACCUCUGCCAUUGAGUCCAUCAUGCGCCCUUACUACCAGGGGCCAGUGGGCGACCCGCUCAAGUACAACCUCCCGUACGAAGACAAGGUCCGUGUCUGGCAGCUUUACGGUGUUCGGGACUCUGUAUCGCACACGCCGCAGACAGAUGACCCCUCUCAAACAGCCGAACCUCCUGUCCUGCUUGACCUCCCCAUAAACAGAUCCACAAUGCCACCUGCCCGCGACGCCCCUGACCGAUGCACUAGCCACUUUGAUGCUGUUGCCCAGAUUCGAGGGGAGGCUUUCUUUUUCAAAGGGAAGUAUUUUUGGCGUCUGACACGUGAAAAGCACCUGGUGUCGUUAAGGCCAGCUCAGAUCCAUCGCUUCUGGAGAGGCCUGCCUGCCAACCUGGACAGUGUGGAUGCUGUAUAUGAGAGACCUGGAGACCAUAGGAUAGUGUUCUUUAAAGGAGGGAAAUAUUGGGUGUUCAAGGACAAUAACGUUGAAGAGGGCUACCCACGACCUGUCAGUGAUUUUGGGCUGCCCGCGGAAGGAGUGGAUGCAGUUUUUGUUUGGCUGCACAAUGAGAAGACCUACUUCUUCAAGGACAGCCGUUACUGGCGCUACGAUGACCAUCUGCGUCGCAUGGACCUCGGCUACCCAAAAGACACAGCGCUGUGGAAAGGGAUCCCAUCUCAACUGGAUGAUGCCAUGCGGUGGUCUGACAGUGCAUCAUAUUUCUUCAAGGGAAAGGAGUACUGGCGCGUGGCGGGCAGCGAUAUGGAGGUCGAAGCAGGUUAUCCGCGUCCCAUCGGCAAGGACUGGCUGGUGUGCACAGAAAUGCAGUCGGACUCCCCGGAGAUGCAGAACAACUCGAACACGAGGCUUCACGGACAGCACCACGCAGAUCAUGCAGAAAAUGGCUACGAGGUUUGUUCUUGCACUUCGGACUCAGCCUCCCCGCUGGGGACGCGACUGACCCUCUCGCCCGCCUGGGUGUUAGCGCCACUCUGGACGCUCGCUCUCGCUCUCUCCUCUGCUCCUCUCUGAUAAGGGCAGAGCCACAGGCCUGUACUCAAAAAGACUCAAGGAGCAGAACAUACAGCAGCCUGUGGGUGAAGAGAGCGAUGAGAGGCUCUGAAAAAGCCUUUCGCCAGCGCCGGACUGAUGGAACGGACUCAGCACUUCAAUCAAGAGAGAGAUUGGAUCACUUUUUUUUUUUUUUUUUUGGUUGAUGCUUUUUGUUGUCUUUUUUUUUUUUUUCUGGAAACUGGAAAUUCUGUUAUUAUUAUUAUUAUUAGUGAUGCUUGCUAUUGCCAACUCAACUCCAUGUAUUAAACUUCAGCACAUAAUUUAUGUCACACCUUAUGUCGCACAACUUCACCUGGCAGACAAUAAAACAAGCAAAAAAAAAAAGUCCUGCAGGAGGGAUAUGAGCCAUAUUUAGGACCCAAAAUAUCAGAUACUUGGAAUACAUCCACAAGAAACCCUAGCAACCACAUAGCAAAAGUCUAAACGUCCAUCGUGGCAGCGUGUUUUGCACGGGCAAGCAUCACUAACAUUUUUAUUAGAAAAAGUGAAAAUAUAUUCUUUUUAUUUUUUUAUUAGUUGUAUUCAAAAUGUAAUGUGAUGAUUUUGUUUCAGAAUUUCAAGAGAUACAGUAACCAGCUUUCUGAGGCGUUUCCAGAGCCGGUAAUAGUAAUGAUGAUAAUGAUAAUAAUGAUAGCGAUAGUAGUAAUAUUGCUGAUAUUGGGAAGGUGGCAGAAAUCUUACGAAUAGGGCUUCCUGCUGGCUGCAGUUCAGAGGCAUCAUGGGAUACCAUGAGUCAAACCUUAACCUUCCCUCGCUCCAAGUGCUUUAAGAAUCCAGUCACUCGUUUUUAUUGGCACUUUUUCUGCUAAAAGCAUAAUCCUUUACUUAUUCUACGGGUUUCUUAUUGUAACCGUCUCUUCCUUGUCCCCUCUGAUCCACCUGUUCCCAGUGUCUUAGCAUCUUUUUCUUAAUAUUCUGCCUUGUUCUAAGCAAUUAUAUUUACUCUCAUCUUCAAUACUGACUGUUUUAGUAAUAUACACCACAUCACUCUAAAGCAAUGACAGUUACUGAUUGCAGUAGACUGUAUUUUUGUAAUAAACACCACUUUUGUUUAGUUCAAGGUCAUGCAUGAUGCUGGAUUCACAAUGCCUGGAUCACCACAGCUAGAAACAUUUCACAGCUUUGUUUAAAUAGUUAUUUUUGUCUUCUUACAGUCUUUCCAACAGUUUUCCCGGUCAGAGAGAGCAGGGGACAUUAUGAGAAAAUACUUAGACUGGGAGGAUGUUUAACUCAUACUGGAGUGCACUCUGAUCAUAUAUGGAAAGAAAUGAUUAUAUACUAUAUAUAAAUACAUAUACAUAUAUAUUUAAGGUAAAAACUUCUACGGCAGUUGCAAAAAAAACAAUGUACAUUCUGAGCUGUCUUUUAUAAGGUGAAAUAUUUUUGUAGAAAAAUAAAUAAGUAUAAGUAA